GAACGGACGUUAAAUGUUCAAACAGUUUCUUUGUUAUAGUUUUUUUUUUUUUUUUUAAAUAAUAUUUUAUUACGUUAUAUGAUUUUUAAAAAUUUUAUAAUAUGGAUACCCGUGUUUAGGCGUGAUAUAGACUCACUGGGGUCCGAGCACUUAAAAAAAUAUCGAAAUGCAAUCGUUAAGUUGUUGGAAUUAGAAAUAUAAAAAAGUGCAUAACUAUUAAAUUUGGACUUCUAUUAAACAACCCAGUAAUCGAACUCAAGAAUGAAUUAUAGGUAGACGAUUUAUCGAGAAGUCCGUUACAUUACUACCAUCGAUAGUUUUGCAGCUCAUAUGCAAAUGUGAUAGUUUGAAGAUUGGUUAUGUACUCAAAGAAUUGCUUUUUACACGGCAGCACUCUAAUUAGAACUGUGAUUGCUGCACAAUCCGGCAGCCCAUAUAUAGUGAAUUGUUAACAAAACUUCGCUACUCGAACAUUCUGGCACCUACGAAUUUCGUUAUUUAGUUGGUUCUAGGAGUUUGUCAUCGAUUCUGACAUGUUCUGACAUUCAUGUUCGCCACAGUAUGCUAAUAAUUUUUUAUGCCUUUACCAUAGGCCUUCCUGCUUGUAGAACGAAUGAAUUAAAUAACAUACACAAUAAUAAUACAAUAUAUGAAAACUGAAAUUUACUUUAGUGCUUAAAAAUUUAUUUUCGGUGUCAGUUUAUCUUUAAUAUAUGCAACAUACUAUACACAACUGGAAACGAAUUUAUCCUCUCGACAUUUUGUACGUAUGUACUCAUAUUAACAGAGAUCUAUACCAGACAUUGUAUAAACCUAGAUUCUAUCCUAUCAGUUUUUUUUUUGGGCACAAUUGAUAAAACUACCCGAAACUCAUGCGGGCGUUAUUUACGCGUAAAGCGAUUCCAAUUAUUUCUCGUUUUCUGCCGUAUUCGGAAUGAGCAUGGACUGAUACAUGUAGGAAUUUAUAGACUGUCGUGUACACCCAAAUUUCCUUCUAGUUACAAAUGGCAAAUAAACCAAAAAUCACUUUUCACUUUCCCCUACAGAGGAUAAACAUAUACAUACGUACAUAUGUGUAAAUAUACUUAUAGUCGUCUUACGUAGUAUUUUGCUGUUGGUGUAGUCAUAUUCAUUGCUGUCAAUUCGUUUUGUCGCGUUCGUUGCUAAAAUUGUGUACCGUGUUGUGUCUCGUGUUAAUUUUAGAAAUUCCGUCCAAUUCAUUUGAAUUCAGACUGUGGUGGCACACGGGAGAGCGUUAAAUGAGAGCGCGAUAUGUAAUAACUGCAUCGCAAGUGGAAAAAAGUAGAAUCAAAGUAGCCAAGCCUAGUUCAACUAAAUUUUUGCUAUAAAAUAUCGAAAAAAUUAAUUUGUGGAAGUGAAUUUAGAAUCCAAAUAAAACAGCAGAGUAAAGAAAUUAUAGUUUCCACAUUCCAUAGCGUGGCAAGUGGUUGUUAGUAAAAAAGUAUAUAUGUAUAUGCAAAUACUGAGCAACUGGUGUAAUUCCAAUUGGAAAAUAUACAAGAAACAAAUACGACAAAUAGAUAGAUAGAGAGAGAGAGAGAGAAAAAGUGAAGUGAAAAAGUCAAACUGGACACAAAUAAAAAGUACAAAGCCAUUGAAUAUAAAAAGAUAAAACGAAAAUUUCGACAGUGUACGAAUACGCAAACGUGACAAAUUGUGAAACGUGUAUAUGUAUGUAUAUAGAAAAAAGCUUUCCACUGAGGAAACGACGGAGAGCAAGUCUUGCUGUCUCAAAUAUCUUAAAAAAAUCACGUUUUCGACAGUAUUUUUCACGUUUUAUUUUUGAAAAUUAAAAUUUGUGUACGCGUAGCGACUAUUUGACGAUUCAAGGUUUUCGUACGAAGUAAAGUUGAAAGAGGGAACGAAUAGCUUAAAACAAAAUAUAUAUAUGUAAAUAUGUAUAUAUAUAAUAUAUAAUAUAUAAUAUACAAUAAGUUAACUUGUUGAAAAGCAAGACAAAUAUUUCGGGUGGUGUCGUUCAGUCGCUGUGACUAUAGCAGUUAAAGUUUUCAAGCCAUUGUUGCCACUCUUAUAUUACUUGAUUGGAAAUUUUCAAAAAAAAAUCGUCGAAUAAAGUAGCCAAUGAAAGAAGGAAGAAAAUAAAAAACUAUCGCCUCGUUGUGGAAAAGAUCAAUUUGUAUAGUGGCUUUAUACAAAAAUGGCAGUAAAACAAAAGUAUUAGAAAGAUUACCACGUUACUGAUUAAGAAAUCUACCUACACAAAUAAAUCUGAAGAGCUGUGCAUGCACGAUUUUUACCAGAAACGUUGGUAUUAGUGAGUGUAUUCAGAGAUAAGAAAUUAUAAAAAUACGUUUGUUAUCUGAAGAGUCUUAUCAGUUGGGUACAGCUUUUAACGCUCACAAUUAUAUUUUAAACAAAUUGAUUGCUUUCCUUGCAAAGUUGUAAAACAUCUGAUUCUUCAUACUUUAAUACAAAAUUAGCCGAAAUGAUCUAAACUAAAAAAAUGUGUAUUGAAGAAAAAAGACCGAAAUUAAAGUAAUUAAUUUGGACAUACUUAAGUGCCUAUAGCUGUAGAAAUUACUUUUGGAUAUUCUAACGAACCAAAAAAAAAAAAGUCAUUCACAUUUGGAUUUGUAAAAAAGUCCUUGGAUUUCGAGUUGAGUGAAAUGGAAAAAUUGUAGUAAAAGUUGACAUUGUGAUAACAUUGUACCUGCUCCAGGAUUUGUGACUUUUCUCUACUUCGCGCUUAAUCCAACAUAUUAACGUUAAAACUUUUUACAAAAUCGUUCAGUAUAAAAAAGUGGAAUUCCCUUACUUUAUAAUCUAUAAACUUAAAAAUAUAUGUUGGUUCUAAUGUUCGCAAACAAAACGUUAUAAUAAUUGAAAAGUUUUAAAAACAAAACAUAAUAUCUAAGUGAAGUUUUAUUAAAACUAAUCCCGUCAAAGUCUUAAAGGGUACCAAUUAUUGUUACCACAACUAAUACAAAGGGAAAUUGGUGAGCCAAGGGUUUAGUUUUAUAAACAUUCAGUACCCCAAGCAUUUGUAGAAGGAACUGCCGGUCAACAGUUUCAAUUAUCAAGAACACCAUAUUGGCCGUUUCAUCUACUGCAACUGUCGACUCCAGUCAGCUAAAAACGAUUGUCACCAUUCCACCUCAACUGCAACCAACUCGCAGCAACAAAAUUAAGUACGAAAUUAUGGAAUCGUACUGGAGCGAAACCAAUGGACACGCUCCACAUUCGGUUAAGUAUGAAAGCGAAGCGGCAGUAUCCAGUUUUCCUUAUUGCACAGAAUCUAGCUUAAAUUUUUCCACAUCAGCUACAGCAUACAGCGAGGAUGAUGCAGAAUAUGCCACCGGAAGACGUAAUAAAACUUCGAGGCAAGAUCCCUUAUCUCAUCGCAUCAUUGAGAAGCGAAGACGCGAUCGCAUGAAUUCCUGUCUGGCGGACCUUUCACGACUCAUUCCACCUCAGUAUCAACGCAAGGGUCGUGGUCGCAUCGAGAAAACAGAGAUCAUCGAAAUGGCCAUCAGACAUUUGAAACAUUUACAAAGCGAAUGCAUCCAAAAGGACAACGAGUACCGCAUGGGUUAUACGGAUUGCAUGAAAGAGGCCGCCAAGUUUCUCUACGAGAGCCACAUGGAGGAGUUUUGUUACCGUUUGGUGGCACGCCUGCAGGAGCACUGCGUGGAGUUGAUGAAAAAUGACUGCUAUAAAUCACGUAGCUGUCAUAUACCGGACAAUGUGAGUGCAUCAAGCGGUAGCCCGCAUCAAGCAUAUCACUCGGCUCCGCCACUCUGUCAAUUGCGUGACAUGCUGGGUAGUUCGGAUAUUGAGCAGAGCAAUGAUCAUAACGAUGUUAAAGAUUUGAGUUUCCGCAAUCAUUUGAAUCAAAUGCAACGCAAUGCUGCUGCCGCUGUUGCGGUUACCAAUAACACUAACAGUAGCAUAGUACAAGAGCAUAAUAGUAGCGGUAGUCAGACCAAUGCAGCUAGCAAUUCAACCACUGCAUCGACGGCAACGUCUUUGAAUAACACUAUUAACACGACUGUCCAUAACAACGGUGUGUUGGUAGUAAGUGGAGGUCCGACUAGCAGUUCGCAACUACGUCCACAUCAGGCACCCGUAAUAACUUCUACUGGUCCGGCCCUAUUGAAUCACCACAACGAAUCCAGUAAUCAUGAUUUUGAAUCAUCGCGAGAACCGCUAUUACAUACUGAUACGUCUAAUAUGCAUUCACCCCCACCACGCGAUUCAUUGCUGCAUCACCACGCUCACCUGAGUCAUCAUCAACAUAACUCGGAUAGUUUGUUGUCAGCGCGCAUGCGCAAUUUUUCUGAAUCAUCACACGAUAUUGAGCACAACAAUAACUAUAAGUAUAAAAAUCAUAUAAAAGAGCGUUUUAAUCACGAGCUGCAUGAUGAGGAGACAUCUAGCGAACAUUGUCCAGCACCGCCGCUUCUACAAAGCGAACAUUCACAUACCCACUCCUUGUCCGAACAUUCGAAAGAUGGCACCGAGCCCGAAAUUGCACCAAUUAUAGCAAAGAAACGUAAACUGGCAGAAGCAGCAGCUGCAGCGUUGGCGGCAGGCACAAGCGUCAAUAGCAAUAUCGCUUUGGACGACUGUGAGGCACGCCCUCCCACCACCACGACCAGCUUGCUGAGUACGCGCGAUGAAAAACCCUUUAGUUUCGCCGACAUCAAAACUGAAUUGAAUUCGCAACCCGGCUUUGGAGGCGCGAAAUCACAUUUUAGUACCCCCACUAGCACUACUCAUGUAUCACUGAAUUUGCAAACGUCGCGUUCUUUCGCUGUACCGAUAUUUGCGUUACACGGUCAGGGUACUUACUACAUACCACUAAAUAUUGAUUAUAGCGUGUUAGUUCCAUUUCUUAAUGGCGCCGAUCUACUAGAAAAGAACUAUGCUUCGAUGCCGGUAGUGCAUCCAAUAAAUAUUAAUGUGAACUUUAUGCCUACCUCAUCGUCGUCAUCGAUACUCGCUGCAGCUGCUGCAGCGGCCGCUGUAGUGGUAGGAAAACAACAAUUGCCUCCUGUUAACGGUACAGUAUCCUCGACGGCAGUGGCUGCGACAGCCAAUGGGGCAGUUGUGACUAAAGCUAAAUUGGAGAGCAUCAGUAACGGUUGGUAAUCAUGGGAAUAUACUCCAAUAUCAGUUAAAAACAUAUUACAAUAAUUGCAACAACAGUGCGCAGGCGCACGAAAGUAUAUGGUGCAUUGCGUUUUACGCACUCGUCGAUUGUCUGCAAGACAAGACCAAUCCUCAAUCACUACUACAAGGAACAGCACUACCUCAGACAUCUGUGAAAUAGGAUGCAACAGUAAAAGGACUAAACUAAGCGCUAGUCAGGAAAAAGUAGCUAGCUAUCGUCCACACACUCAGCUACACAUAGUGUGCUGCUAUAGCAGUGACUUUUCGAACUGGAUAGACUACGGCUACCUGACUGACAGUUAGAGUGUUUACAUAAUCAUAAAUUGAAUUAAUAAUUGUAAAUACUACCGACUCUAAAAUUGAAGCAAGUGAAGAAUUUAAUGAGGUUUCGUCUUCUCUAAAGAACAUAACAGCAACUAUUACAAAGAACUAUAAAAAUGAGCAAACAAUAAAUUAUUUACAAACUUUUAAAUACUGAAUUUUUCUGUUCAUGGACUGGGAUAGCUGCAAAGCAAUGAGUGUGCAAUUGAAAGAAAAUUUUAUUAAGUUAUAUAGUAUAAAUGUAUGUAAGUUUUUACUUAUAUAUGAAUAGGGCAGCCAUGUUUUUUAAAUUUUAGAACUAAAUACAAGUUAGAUUUGCUGUGUAUUUAAUAAAAAAAUAAAUGCUACUAGUCAAAAGCUACAAUGAGAAGGAAAAAGGUGAAUGAUGUGAAAACUUUGUUAUAUAUGUAAGGGUACAGUUACUCACACAAAAUAAUAAGUUAAUGUUACUUCAUUGAGUAAUAUUUUUAGAAAAUUUCGUGUAACAUGAACAUGUACACACAUAUUUCUACUCAAACAAAAUAGUUUAUUAAAAUAAGUAAAAUUGUAAUUUUGCGAAGGAAAUUAAGUUAGUACUUAAGUUAUGGAAUAUUUGUUUUUAUUUGCCAAGGGAAAAUUAAUUUAUGAUAAAAUUGUAUAUUUUUAGAAUAUCUGUUUGUUAUAAUAAUCUGUAUACAUGUAAUAAUUAUACAUACAAUGUAUUUUAAUGGCUAACGAGUAUGAAUAUUUUGAUAUAAAAUGUAGCUUUAAGAAUGUCAUUCAACAAAUAAUUAUUGAAGCAGUUUAAUUUUUACAUCAAAUACCAUUUUCUUAACUUUGUAACAUACCACAAAAUAAAAAACUAUGUCACUUUUUGUAUUUUUUUAUUAUACUUUCACAUCAAGAAUAAAAAAGUUUAAUUCUAAUAUUCUUCUGUGAGAGUAUUCAAUUAAUAUAUAAUGAGUUCAGGUUAUAUGCAGUUGGAUUAUAUCUGAUCAGCUCAAAACCGUUGUUUGUACGUCUCUUUAUAUAAAAAUGAGUAAAUCAUUACAAACAGACCUGGUAUAAACUUACGUACAUUUGUGAAAGGAGUUUUAAACAACAAUGUUUCCACAAAAUUGAAAAAUAAUAUUUAAAAAUGUCUGCAACGCUUGUCACUUGUAUAUUCUUUUAGAGACCUAACAAAUUUUUUUUGCUUUCGAGGAACACGUAAUUUGUGUGAGGAACUCUAUUCACAGUUACAUCUAAACACUUUAUAUAUAAAAUAUAUGUAUAAAACUUUUAAAACCACGAAUAUUGUUUAGUUGAGAAAAGGUCACGCGAGCUAUACUUAGGAAUAUACAUUUGUGUGCAUGUACAACACUGUUGUAAAAAUACUAUAUUCGUGAGUGUGUGUUUGUAGCGAGGUAUAUUUAACUUUUGUUCUUUAUUAAAUAAGUGUAUGUAUUUCCAACAGAACUUAAAAGUUAAGUUUAUUGUUCACUAUAUACAUGUUUAUAUGUUAUUAUAUAACAGUAUGUUUACACAUAGCCACAUAAUAUGUAAAUGUAUGUCAUUAUUAUUAAGAACAGUAAUAGAUAAUAAAUUUACUGAAAUAAAAGUUUAUAUAAAUGUUUAAA